CCGUGUUUUAUUGGAUUGGCUGUAACAGUAGGGACUGGAACCGGAACCAUGUUGCUCAGGCCGAGCUUGUCGCCGAUAGCGAAGCUCGCUUGGUUGCGCGCGAUUCGUCGUUUCGUUUGGCGCAAAAAGCGGUUGGGGUGUGGAGCCAGAGACCCCAGCACGAGCGCGGACACCAGGUUUGGGUCCGAUCUCCCCCAGGCAGGAAACCGCUCCUCCCGAUUUUCUUCUGUUGAUCUCACACAGCAACCAAUCGAGUCUGCGCAAAACCAUGGAUGCCAAGUCUGUCGACGGCGAAGCUGUCGAUGACGCUGCCGGUGCCAAUGUCAAUGCCGAUGCCGAUCUUAUGGAUCGGGUCGUGGAGCAGCUUCAGGAGGACGCCGCCGACAUUGUGCGGUCGUCGAUCGAUCGUCCGAUCGAAGCCACCAACCUUGGAUUUAGAAUGCUGAGCAAGAUGGGAUGGAAGGCCGGCACCGGGCUCGGCAAAUAUGAGCAAGGCCGAGUCGAUCCUGUUCUGAUCAGCUUCAAAGAUGACACCUGGGGUGUCGGCAAGCAGGAGGAGUACGACUAUUAUCAUGCGGCCAGCACGGCGAGACGGAAGGAGCUCGAGAGCAUCGUCAUUGGCAACGAAACCGACGAGCAGCGAGUCAAGCGAGAGGAAGAAGUUGCCCGCAAGGAAGCCAUCAAGAGCGACGUCAAGGCGGCGAUGGCGUCGUUUUACUGCAAGCUCUGCGACAAGCAGUAUAGCAAGAUCUCCGAGUACGAGACGCAUCUGUCCUCAUACGACCACAACCACAAGAAGCGCUUCAAGGACAUGCUCGAGAUGACCAAGAAGAGCGGCCUGGGAGCAUCGGGAACGUUGGCCGAUCCCGACAAUCGCAGACGGGAGCGCGAGCGCAACCGCGAGGAGCGGGAGCUCCGAAAGCAGAUGGCAGCAGCAGGUAUCGUCGUGCCGGCUGCUGCCUCUGCUGCCUCUGCUGCCCAAGCCGACCCUGCGGCGGUGCCAAGAGAAGUGUCCGACAUCAGCAGCAACAGAGUGGACGAGGACCGGACACCGGCUGCAGCAGCGACGGGCUCUGGCUCUGGCGGCUGGAAGCAGGCCGUCCCAGACACCGACAACAGCACCGCCAGCAAGCGGGGAUGGAGCUCGCUGGAGUCGGCACCCGGACAGCCCGAGGAGCCGCCGACGCCGGCCCCGACGGACGGACAGACGGCACCCGCGGCACCCAAGGUCAGCUUCGGCCUUGGCAGCAGCAGCAGCAGCAGCGGGACCAAGCGAGGCAAGCUCUCAUUUGCCUUCAAGAAAUAGGCCGGUCGAGCAUUUCAUGAACGAGAACGAUCCGUGACGCGUAACAGGAUGCGAUUAUACGGCAUGCAAUAUGCGAUAUGCGAUAUGUGGCAUGCGAGGUAUCGUGCAUAGCGCGAAAUACAAAUAUCCCACGUUAGAUUGGGUAAUGCGGACGGAUCUGGCUGAACGACUUUGAUCGACGCUCGAACCACGAUUAAAUCCACUCCAGCGAUAUUGCUCUUUGCCCUGCGUCUUCCUUCCUCAUCCGACACUAUGAAAAAAUAUCUUGUUAAUAAAUUGAGCGA